AAGAAGAGGUUAAACGCGGGCGGUGUUGAUGACGUAGGGAGAGGGAAAUCCAAAAACAGAACCAAAGUCGUCUGCUCUCCGGCGGUGUUGCUAAAUUAAAACGUUAAGUUAAGCUAAACAGCGGUAGUCAAGUGGACGACAGUUGUUAAAGCGGGAGAAAAAAUGCAGAGGGCUUCCCGUUUAAAGCGUGAACUUCAGAUGUUGAGCACCGAGCCACCUCCCGGGAUAACAUGCUGGCAGACCGAGGAACGAAUAGACGACCUCCGGGCACAGAUAGUGGGCGGAACAGAGACUCCAUAUGAAGGUGGACUCUUCUCCUUGGAGAUCAAGGUCCCAGAGAGGUACCCAUUUCAGCCUCCCAAAAUGCGAUUUUUGACCCCCAUCUACCACCCAAACAUUGACAAUUCAGGACGCAUCUGCCAUGAUGCUCUCAAACUCCCGCCAAAGGGAGCCUGGAAGCCAUCCCUAAACAUCUCCACAGUCCUCACCUCCAUUCAACUGCUCAUGGCUGAGCCCAAUCCAGACGACCCACUUAUGGCUGAUAUAUCAUCAGAGUUCAAAUACAACAAACAGAUGUUCAUGGAGAAGGCCAGGAAGUGGACACAAGAACAUGCUGUUCAGAAGAACAUGGGCAACAAAGAAAAUACUCCAGAUCAGAAAUCUUCAUCCCGCAAAAGAGAGGCUUUGGGUGCACAGCAGGAGGCAGAGGAGCCAGCAAAAAGAACCUGUGUGUAGUUUCUAUCUUGCAUGUUCAAGCCACGGAUCUCUCUUCUCCAGAGCCACCAUGCCUUAUACACGUGUCUACUUGUAAAGAGUAUGAUAUUACAUUUUAAUUUAGUGCUAAUACCUACUUCCCUUUACUGUGUAUGCAAUCCUCUUCUCAAUCCAGAAAUAUCGACAUAUUUAUAUGUAUAAUGGUUAUGUUUGUGUUGAGAUAUUAAAGUUUAACUAACUUAACUUA